GUUUAUAUUUUGAAAAACUUUUGGUAAACAUCAUCAACAGUCAAAUUGUAACUGAAUUUGUAUAGCGUCCACAUAGUGCAGAAAAUCAAUUAUUUUUUCUCUAGUCUUCUUGAUCAAAGUAUCAUAAGAACGUGAUCAGAAUGGUGACACUUUAAAGGGAAGUUAUUUAUUUACUUGUAUAUUACAGACAAAAUGAUUGAAAGUUAGAAAACAUGAAUAAUGAUGAUGACGAGUCCAGAGAAUGAUCUUGAAACAGAGUGGCAGUAUGCAAUGCGUAGAGAGAUGCAGGAAAUUAUUCCUGGCUUGUUUUUGGGACCUUAUGGAUCUGCCUUAAGGACUAAGCUUGACAGUCUGAUGGCUGCAGGGAUCACACACAUCAUCUGUAUUAGACAAUCUAUUGAAGCUAACUUUGUCAGACCAAAUUUUCCAGAGCAUUUUAGGUACCUUGUAUUAAAUAUGGCUGAUUCCCCCACUGAAAACAUCAUCAAGUAUUUUCAACAGACAAAAGAUUUUAUUGAUGAUUGCCUGAAUCAAGGUGGCAAAGUUUUGGUUCAUGGAAAUGGCGGCAUUUCUCGAAGUGCUGCUGUUGUCACAGCUUAUGUCAUGGAAAAGUUGGGCUUAACAUGCAGGGAAGCACUAGUAUGGGUCCGCAAUAAAAGAUUGUGUAUCAGUCUAAAUGAUGGAUUUCUACAUCAGCUGACAGAGUAUGAGCACAUCUACAGGGCCAAGUCACUUAGCAAUAUCUCUGAGGCAGCUACACAACAGUCAGGUAAAAGAAAAAGAAUGGAAAUGGAAGGGUCAGCCUUCAUACAACACUAAGACCAAAUGUCAUGUCUCAAAGACAGUAUUUGUGAAGAAAUAUUUAAUAUGCAUUUCUACACAUUACCUAUUGGAAUUAAAUUGCAUUUUAAAAACAAUUUUGGAUGAUAAUUACUAUCAAGCAAUAAACUGUGGGAUAGAUUGAAAAUAUUUAGAUGUUGAGCUCCUGUGAAUUUAUGGGCUUUUUUGUUACUUUUAAAUGGUUAUGGCCUUAUCAGUUUGUAGAAUUUAGAUAAACCUUUUUGUUUUUAAUCCCUGUCAUCCAAUUCCAUUUUUCUAUGAUUUAUCAGACCACAAUGGAACCAUUUUUUUUAAAGUGUGAUAUGUGAAUUGCUUCUAAGUUUCCCUGUGAUCAAUUAUUUUAGGAAAUAGCAAAAAACAUUGGCUUGACAUUUUAUUUUGCAAUUACAGUCUCUUGUACAUACUAUUCAGUUCUUUUAAAUAACAAAUUUGGCUGCUUAGAUAGCAAGUCACAAAGCAGUACAAGUGAGUGCCAUUUUGUUUUUUGUUAAAUGGCAAUGUUUAAGUAGGGGUGUUUUCAUACUUUUUCUUUAAUAAAUCUAACAUCGAAAAUUAAAUAAUGUAGUAUUUUUAUUUAAUGCUAUAUCCAGAGUUCUAUUUAUCAUAAUUUAUGUAAAAGACCCAACUGAAAUAGGUUUAGUACCGAGUUAUUAGUUUGAUAUGAAAAUACGAUGCCAAUACAUGAAGCGAAUGGUGAAAGAGUUAUCAGCAUCAUUUAGUCAGCCACUGUUAUAUAUCUUAAUACAGCUUGUAAAUACUGGUAAGCAAAUAAAAUACCUCACAGAACAUUCAAGAUUAUUCUUCUUUCAAUUGUAUUUAUUUCAGUUUUGUUUUUGAAACCACAAUAUUUGUUAUUAGAAUUGUGAUUCAAUUAAAUACCUUUCACAAAGUU